AUGGGUGAAGUGUCCUCAGAAGAGGUAGAAAAGUUCCUGGAUUCCAAUUUUGUCUUUGCCAAGCAGUACUACGAUCACAGAUUAAGAGCCAAGGUCAUUUCUGAGCUUUUGGGGGCCAAAGAGACCUCGGUGGAUUUCAGUCACUACCACACCUUGACAAGCGUGGAGGAGAGCGAAAUUGUCUUUGAACUUCUCCGAGACCUUCAGGAGAACCUGCAAGCUGAGAAAUGUGUCUUCACCGUCAUGAAGAGACUGUGUUUCCUUCUCCACGCCGACCGAAUGAGUCUUUUCAUGUACCGCACGAGGAAUGCCGUCGCUGAGCUGGCUACUAGGUUGUUUGAUGUCCACAAGGAUGCUGUCCUGGAGGAGUGCUUGGUGGCUCCGGAUUCUGAGAUUGUCUUCCCUCUGGAUAUGGGAGUCAUCGGCCAUGUUGCCCACUCCAAGAAAAUCGUGAAUGUCCCAAACACAGCUGAGGACGACCAUUUCUGUGACUUUGUGGACGUCCUCAUGGAAUACGAGACCAAGAACAUCCUGGCCACCCCUAUAAUGAAUGGGAAGGACGUUGUGGCUGUCGUAAUGGCCGUGAACAAGGUGGAUGGGCCACACUUCACCAAAAGUGAUGAAGAGAUCCUUUUAAAGUACCUCAAUUUUGCUACUCUGAUCAUGAAAGUGUUUCAUCUGAGUUACCUUCACAACGGUGAAACUCGACGUGGCCAGAUACUGUUGUGGUCUGGCAGCAAAGUGUUCGAAGAGCUCACAGACAUCGAGAGACAGUUUCACAAGGCUCUCUAUACAGUCCGCGCCUUCCUCAACUGCGACAGAUACUCCGUGGGCCUUUUGGACAUGACCAAACAAAAGGAAUUUUUUGAUGUGUGGCCGGUCUUGAUGGGAGAAGCCCCCCCCUACUCCGGACCCAGAACCCCAGAUGGAAGGGAAAUCAACUUUUACAAAGUCAUUGAUUACAUCUUACAUGGCAAAGAGGACAUUAAAGUGAUCCCGAAUCCAACUCCCGAUCACUGGGCCUUAGUUAGUGGCCUCCCAGCCUAUGUUGCCCAAAAUGGCCUGAUCUGCAACAUUAUGAAUGCUCCUGCAGAAGAUUUUUUUGCAUUUCAGAAAGAACCUCUGGAUGAGUCUGGGUGGACGAUUAAAAAUGUCCUUUCCAUGCCGAUAGUCAAUAAGAAGGAAGAAAUCGUUGGCGUUGCCACAUUUUACAAUCGAAAAGAUGGAAAACCCUUUGAUGACAUGGAUGAAACACUAAUGGAGUCUCUCACGCAGUUCCUCGGGUGGUCCGUCCUAAAUCCUGACACCUAUGAGUCAAUGAACAAACUGGAAAACAGGAAGGAUAUUUUUCAGGAUAUGGUAAAAUAUCAUGUAAUGUGUAGCAACGAUGAAAUCCAGGAGAUAUUGAAAACAAGAGAAGUGUAUGGAAAAGAACCCAGUGAGUGCGAAGAAGAUGAGCUUUUUGAGAUCCUCCAAGCUGAACUUCCAGACCCAGAGCAAUAUGAAAUUAAUAAAUUCCACUUCAGCGAUCUGCCCCUGACCGAACUGGAGCUGGUGAAGUGUGGGAUCCAGAUGUACUAUGAACUGAAGGUCGUAGAUAAAUUUCAUAUUCCCCAGGAGGCCCUGGUGCGUUUCGUAUACUCCCUCAGUAAAGGCUAUCGCAAGAUCACUUACCACAACUGGCGUCAUGGAUUUAAUGUGGGCCAGACCAUGUUCUCUUUGCUGAUGACUGGGAAGUUGAAACGUUACUUCACGGAUUUGGAGGCACUAGCCAUGGUGACCGCUGCUUUCUGUCAUGACAUCGAUCACAGAGGCACUAAUAACCUCUACCAGAUGAAAUCCCAAAACCCACUGGCUAAGCUGCACGGCUCCUCCAUUUUGGAAAGACACCACUUGGAAUUUGGCAAGACACUGCUGAAAGAUGAGAGUCUGAAUAUCUUCCAGAACCUCAACCGAAGGCAGCAUGAACAUGCGAUCCAUAUGAUGGAUAUUGCCAUCAUCGCUACAGAUCUGGCCCUUUAUUUCAAGAAGAGAACCAUGUUCCAGAAGAUAGUGGAUCAGUCCAAGACAUACGAAAGUGAACAAGAAUGGACCCAAUACAUGAUGUUGGAACAAACUCGGAAAGAAAUCGUCAUGGCCAUGAUGAUGACAGCCUGUGAUUUAUCAGCUAUAACCAAGCCCUGGGAGGUUCAGAGCAAGGUGGCUUUGUUAGUUGCUGCAGAGUUCUGGGAACAAGGAGAUUUGGAGAGAAGUGUGCUACAGCAGAAUCCGAUCCCCAUGAUGGACAGGAAUAAAGCUGAUGAACUACCCAAGCUGCAAGUUGGUUUCAUCGACUUUGUCUGCACCUUUGUGUAUAAGGAGUUCUCCCGAUUCCACGAUCAGAUCACCCCCAUGCUAGAAGGAAUCACCAACAACCGGAAAGAGUGGAAGGCACUGGCGGAUGAGUACGAUGCCAAAAUGAGAGCGCUGGAAGAAGAGAAACAGAAGCAGGAAACCUCCAAGCUAGCUGCGGCUGGGAAUCCAGCUGGAAGGAAUUCUGCAACUGGAGAAGGAACCACGCAGUCCAAAUCAUGUUCUCUCCAGUAG